AUGAUUAAUCAUUUAGAGUAAAAUUGUGAAUACCUCCAUCAUUUGCAAGAUGGGCAAUGUUUUCAUGAUGAUCUAUUCCCUUUAACUCUUUACAAUAGUCUAGGAUAUCUAUUAAUAAUCAUCAUAUUGGGUUUAUCAACAGUGGGUGGAUUGGGAGGAGGAAUUGAAAAAAUACCAAUCUUAAUUGUAAUGCUGAAUUUUUCUCAAUCUAAAGCAACACUCUAUGUGUAUGUAUUGACCUUUGGAACCAAUCUAGUUAAUUUUCUCAUGCUUAUAUACUAAAAGCAUCCCUUAGCAGAUAAAUAAAUAAUUGAUUAUGAACUUUCGCUUAUAUUAUUACCGACUGCUUUAUUUGGAAGUGCUUUUGGGAAUAUAUUACAUUAGAUUUUACCAGACAUCUUCCUGAUAUCUAUUCUUAUUGUUUUUUUCUCAAUUUUUGUUCCAAAAUUGUACAUUAAAGCUAAAUAAAAUAGAGAAUAAGAAAUGCAAGUUGAUAAUAAAUAAAAGACAGUCAUUAAUUAAGAAGUAACACAUUUAAUUGCUGAAUAAUAUAAAUCAGAAGACUAACAGAUAAUUCCUUUAUAUAAAUUUUUGCUAUUGUUAAUAAUAUUUAUGAUAGUUUAAUGUGUUUUAAUGAUUAGAGGAGGAAAGAAAUAGCAAUCUUUUAUAGGAAUAUAAUAUUGUUCAGAUGGUAAAUUAAUAAAUAAUAACUAGGCAGUCUAUUGGAUUACUACUGGAAUGAUUAUUGUAGUAUUAUUGUUGAUUUCUUAUGGAAUCAAGUAUCAUUUAGGUAGAGAAACAAAAACAAAAAUAGAAAUAGGAUAUUUCAAUGAAAAAGUGGAUUUUAAUUUUAUUGAAUCAAAAUUCUUCAUGAUUGUUUGGAUCUCUGGGUUUUUAGGAGGAAUUAUGGGAGGAAUGACAGGAGUAGGAGCUGGAGCCAUUAUUGUUUCAAUUCUGAUCCUUUAAAACGUCAAUUCUAGAGUAGCAUCAGCAACAGGAGGAUUUCAAAAGUUGUUUAUUUCCUUGUUUACGACAAUCCUCUCAUAUUAAUAAGGAGAUUUGAAUAAAAAUGAAAUUCUAUUUUUUUUUAUUCUUGGAUUGCUUAGUGGAUUACUGAUUGCAGGACCAAUGUAUUACUAUUUAGAAUUAAACCCAAAACAAAAUUAUUUAGUAAUCUACUUGGUGUGUAUAUUCUUGGUUAUAAGUGCUAUUUCAGGUGCCAUUUAUAUAUUUAAAGAAAUUGUUAUAAUGGAUAGAUGGAAUAAAAUGAUUUAAACUCAUACAUUUUGUUGA